AUUCUGCUCGAGCCGUCGCUCCAAAAACAGUCGUUUGUGAAGGAAGACGGGGCGAGCCGCGUCUGCAUCCCUCCCCCUACCGUACCAUCAGCAGCCGCAGCCGGGCUACUUUCAGCGGCGCCGUGCAACCGUGUCGGUGCGGCUUUAUCAGCGCGGGACAUGCUCUGUCAGGUCUGCGCGAUCUACGUGAAUGCCUGCCUGGACGCAGGAGAGGAUUAAGUUACUGCUGCUAGCGGAGGAUUAUUUUAUUGGCCUCCUCCUGUCACGCCCGAGUCUUUGGUGAUCCUUCUUCCAAUUAAGAGAGGUCUGUCAAAACCCAGGUAUGUCUUUCCGGAGAGGUGUGGUCAGGCAGAGCAAAUUCCGCCAUGUUUUCGCCCAGGCGUGGAAAGCGGAGCACUGCAUUGAUGACGUCAGAGUGUCCCGGGUGACGUGGGACAAUCCCCUCUGUGCGGUCAACCCCAAAUUCAUUGCUGUCAUCAUUGAAGCAGGUGGAGGAGGGGCCUUCCUCGUUGUUCCGAUCAGCAAGAGUGGCAGAAUCGACCAGUCCUGUCCCACAGUCUGUGGUCACGCAGCACCAGUGCUGGACAUCCAGUGGUGUCCUCAUGAUGACAAUGUCAUUGCAAGUGCCUCAGAAGACUGCACAGUGAAGGUCUGGCAGAUCCCAGAUGGUGGGCUGACAAGUCCAAUGACUGAUGCCACUGUGACCCUUGAGGGACACAGUAAAAGAGUGGGAAUCCUGGCUUGGCACCCAACUGCCUUCAACAUCCUUCUAACUGCAGGCUGUGAUAAUGUGAUCUGUGUGUGGAAUGUGGGCACGGGGGAGCUAGUGUACCAGCUUGGCGACGCCCACCCAGACCUGAUCUACAGUGUCAGCUGGAACAAGGAUGGCAGUGUGAUUUGCACCGUCUGCAAGGACAAGGCCCUGCGUGUCAUUGAUCCACGGAGAGGCACUGUCCUCAAGGUCAGAGAGAAAGUGCAUGAUGGUACCAGGCCUAUGAGAGCCGUGUUCCUCUCUGAUGGAAAAAUCCUGACCACGGGCUUCAGCCGUAUGAGUGAGAGACAGCUGGCUUUGUGGGAUACGAAAGAUCUCUCAGAGCCAAUGGUUAUACAAGAAAUGGAUACGAGUAAUGGAGUUCUUCUACCCUUUUAUGACCCUGACACAAACAUGGUCUAUCUGUGUGGAAAGGGGGACUGCACCAUCCGAUACUUUGAAGUGACUGAUGAAUCCCCAUACGUUCACUUCCUCAGCUUAUACAGCAGCAAAGAGCCUCAAAGGGGUGCAGGCUUUCUGAGUAAAAGAGGUGUUGAUGUCAAUAAGUGUGAAAUUGCCAGGUUUUAUAAGCUGCAUGAAAGGAAAGUGGAACCCAUUUCUAUGACUGUACCACGAAAGUCAGAUCUGUUUCAGGGAGACCUUUACCCAGACACAGCCGGCCUGGAUCCAGCUCUUCUGGCUGAUGAAUGGAUCGCUGGGCAGGACGCACCGCCGCUGUUGGUCUCCUUGAGUGGUGGCUACACAGCUCCUCCAUCCAAACACAGAGACACCCUCAGAAGCAAGCCCAAGCUCGUCUCUCAGGACUCUGGGACCGGGGCCGCCCCACCUUCAUCAGGGAAUGUAGCAUCUCCCACAUCUACACCUACCUCUGCCGGCAAGGAGACGGAAGAAGAGAUGCCACAGCCAAGAGUAGCCACGAGGGAAACGGACGGACACAGUGAGAGGCCAAAGAGAGAGGAUGAUGUGUUGAACGAGCUGUUAGCAGAAAUGAAAGCUCUGCGGGCCGUCGUGCUUGCUCAGAACCAGAGAAUUGAGAUGCUGGAGAGGCAGCUUGCACGGAUUGAAGAUGGGGAUGUAUGAGAAAGCAGAAGAUUCACUACAUUCAGAUGGCAUUUUUACUAAAUCCAUAGACCAUAGCCUUACUAGAAUCAACAGUACCUUAAGCUGUGUGAGCUGAAGAGUGUAGUGUAGAGCAGCAACUAAUUGUGAAUAAUAGGGGCUUACAGCUAUUGUUUCCAGUAUCACAGUAUGUGGGCGAGAAUUGGGUGUUAUGUGUGUAAAGUGAAGUUUGCAGUCAGAGAAUACUUUGUUUAUCAGAUGAAGGAUAUUGUUGCCGCUAUGUGGUGGUGCAUAUAAUGCAGUUUUGAACUUUGCUUUCAUUUUGAAGGACCCUGAAGGAGUUGCAUCGGCACAGUUGCCUCAAAUUGACGCACAGAGUUGUGUUGAAAAGGAUUAUAUUGGAGCUAAUGAAGGCUGACCGUCUAUAGCAAAGCUAUAAAGUACCGCCAAUAUGUCUUUCUUUCUCUGAUGCACUGACAAAUGUAACCAUUAGGGCUAUUUAAUCAGGUAGUUUAAGCUGCUAAAACUGUGAUGUCAUAUCGAACCCCCAGUUGUUAACCGUGGCGUGACUUGUGCUUUGUUUUACGACUUCAUUAUAGAACACCGCACGUAACGUUAACUGUAGGAAAUCUUUUGUCCUUGGCAGUGGGAACCAUGUGAGUGAUAGCUGAUGAAAGUGUAGUUGAAUAUUUAUGUAUAUUGUAAUUGUGUGUAGUGUUUGCAGUCGGUGAGAAGGUAACACUUGUGAUUUUGUACCUCAUGUUGUCAGGCGAGAGCAGCAUAAAGAUAACACAAUGUAACACUAUAAGGAAAGACAUUUGUCAGCGUCAUCAUAACCACGUAUACAUGGAAUUAUUAUUGGCUCCUUGUUUUGUUUUGUUUUUUACUGUGCAGAAAGGCAGCAGUAUCACGUGCCCUCUUAAGAAGCAGUCAGGAUCUUUUGUUUGGUAUUUCACUGAGCAACAAACUUCCAAACUUGUCACUUCCAAACAUGUGAAAGAGCUGUCCAGUGGGCACAGGACCCUUUUUUUUUUUUGUUCUGUAAACAGUUCAGAUGAAUAUACAACCUUACACUACAGUGACUGUGCAGCUAAGUCUCACUAAACCAUUAUAAAUCUAUUCCAAAUAGCAAGUGGGUGUUUGCAGUGGCAAGAAAAAGGAAGCUCAAGUGUGAAGAUUUUUCUACAUUUUGAAACGAUAUUUGUGUUGAUGAAGAUGAAAAGGCACUUUUAGAUUUGUUUUGCAUAGUUUUUUUUUUCUUGUGUGUGUGUUUUUUUUGCUAUUACUGUACAUUUAGAGGCAUUAAUCUGUUACUUCUAACAAAUGUAGAAUAGCAUUUUUACAUUCCACAUUAAGACUACCCCUUUAUUACUUUAUUUAUUUAUGCACUGACUUAAUAUCAACUGUAAAACAAGUAGCAGUUUAAAUGAGACUACAUUGUGAAAGUUCAAUAAACAUUAAUUCUUA